AGUUUAGCUUCAAUUUUGUCUUCUAAGCAGUUUGCCUUUUCUCUUAUUCCUGUCAAAGCAGAUUACACAGAUGCGACCCAUUAUCGCGUUUUUUUUAGUUGCCGUAUUGGCCUUCACGCUUGUUUCGGCUGAAUUGACGGAAGCCGAUUUUCGCAAAAUGAAGGUGAAGGAUUUGCGCAUCUUCCUGUCGGAUCGUGGGCUGGAGUGCUCCGGCUGUCAGGAAAAGAGCGAUUUUGUCCGUAUGGCACACCAAUAUCGCAGUCUGAACCCUGCCGGGAGUGCAGAAAAGCGCGCGGUUCCUGCGAAAAAGUUUUGGGAAGCAUGGGCUGAUAUUGCACACGCAGAGUGUGAAAAGGCAGUGAGGCUUCGCUCCAACGAUCCUACUACGGAGCCGUUCAAGAGCGUGUGCAGUACACUGCGCUCCGCCACGGACUCGUACCUUAUGCAACACGGCAGGAAAGUCGCUAACCAGUUGAAGAAAACGCCACAUCACCUCCUUCAAACUUCAUUUAAAGACAUUUAUUUUGAGGCUGGAUCCCACCUCUUCCAGAUUUUGGCUGACUACUGCCUUGCUUCUCCUGCAGCUCAAGAAAACUGCCAGUCUCUAGGUGCGGUAAUGAGCGCGAUGGAUGGGGCGUGUGGCGCUGAUUUCAAGAUGUGGACAACGAAUGUCGGCAUUGAAAACACUAAUCCAAUGUACGAGAUUAUUGACACGCGUGAUGAUUUGUAG